AUGCAAUGCAGCGACCUCUCGCCGCGAAGGUUGAACCUGUGCCCUGAUUGUAUCAACUUCCACCCCUCCCUGCUGCCCAAGCAUCGGGGCUGUUGGUCCGCAUCCCAACUGGGGCCCGAGACAGUUGCUCUCGCAGCCAGUCAAAAGUGGCUGGAUUGCGCAGGUCAGGCUUCUGGUGCAUUUUUGAGGGCGACACCGAGACAGGUGUCACAUGCCACCGCAUGGUGGAGGCCACACGCUGCUUGCUGUGCUGAGGUCUUAGGUGCACAGGCGCUGUUCCGUGCGUUGACGCAGGCAUUCGAUGCGGGACUAGUGCUGCACCAGGAACGUAUCGUGGUGGACUGGAGCCCCGGAAAUGUCCGGUCUCCCGAGCAUUUCGGCCAAGACAAGCGGCUAAGGACGAGGUGGACACGGCCUUCUCUGCCCCGCCCACAGCCCAUUUGCAGUAGAUUCGACGUGGUGCCAGAUCCGUCUGCUGGUAGGUUUACCGGAAGCUAUUACCGGUUCGUGCGGUAUUUCAGUUCCGAAGGUCUCCCUGCAGGCGAAGAGCAGAAAGGUGAAAGCUCUUACCACUACAGGAAACUCCCAUUCGAUGGGCUGGUCCAACCAGACUGGUCUGAUCAGCAGGUAGCGCGCUUCAUUCGGGCGAUGGAGUUCCCGCCGUUUGAUGGUGCAGCCGUGCUCGUGGACGGCAAACGAGUGCUGGUCGACUCCGUCGAGGCAUAUCGCAGCCUGAUGCGCGGCGCUGGUGCAGCGCCUGAGCCAGCUCCGCAAAGUUCGUGA